AUGAGUCAGCAGCGGCCCGCGCGGAGGCUGCCCAGCCUGCUGGUGGACCCGGCGGAGGAGACGGUGCGCCGCCGCUGCCGAGACCCCAUCAACGUGGAGGGCCUGCUGGUAAGCUCGGGGAGAAUAUACUUAAAUGAUAACUUAAAAUUUUACUAAUGUGUUUGGUUUUGUUUCCCAGAAGCUCUAAAAGUGAAGAGACCUCGUUUUGAUGUAUCAUUGGUUUAUUUAACUCGAAAAUUUAUGGAUCUUGUCAGAUCUGCUCCUGGGGGUAUUCUUGACUUGAACAAGGUCGCCACAAAACUGGGAGUGCGAAAACGAAGGGUAUAUGACAUCACCAACGUCUUAGAUGGAAUUGAUCUGGUUGAAAAAAAAUCUAAGAACCAUAUUCGAUGGAUAGGGUCUGAUCUUGGCAGUUUCGGAGCACUGCCCCAGCAGAAGAAGCUGCAGGAGGAACUUUCUGACUUGUCAGCCAUGGAAGAUGCUCUGGAUGACUUGAUCAAGGACUGUGCUCAGCAGCUGUUUGAGUUAACAGAUGACAAAGAAAAUGAAAGACUAGCAUAUGUGACGUAUCAAGAUAUUCACAGCAUUCAAGCCUUCCAUGAACAGAUUGUUAUUGCAGUUAAAGCUCCAGCAGAAACCAGAUUGGAUGUUCCAGCUCCCAGAGAAGACUCCAUCACGGUGCACAUAAGGAGCACCGGGGGCCCCAUUGAUGUGUACCUGUGUGAGGUGGAGCAGGGCCACUCGAGCAGCGGAGCGGCUGGAGGUCUGGGGACCUCUUCAUCUAAGAGCAGACAGCCGGAACACCCUGAGAAAGAAGAAAAUCCUCCACAGAAAAGUGAAGAAUUGCUUGAAAUGAACAACUGAUAGCAUUUGAGAAUUCGUGUGUGGAGUUUUUUGGGAUGAAUUAUGCAUCACAUUUGAUUCUCAGAGCAAUAAGUCAUCCACGAAGUUCUCUCGUCUCAGUCAGUAGCAUUAAGGCCAGUAGUGUCCUUGGGUAGUUCACUACUUAGAUACUGAAUAAUCAUGGUUUCCGUAUUUGCAAACAACUCUUUUUAUAAUUAUUCGCUGCUUUUAUCAGUGAAAUAGAGAUCUUGCCUAUUGAAAUCACUUCCUCACAAAGAGAAUCACUAAAACAGAUGGUCACGCCUAAAAUGGACAGUUCUUCGUGGACUCUGCCCUUCCCUUCAAGGAUCAUGUGUCGUUAUCACAAAGGAAAUUGCCUUACACGGGUUCAUGUCUGCAAUUACUUGUAUGUACACUGGAUGGAUGUACACAUGCAUCUAAAUGUGGUGAUGUAUAUAUAUCUGUAUAAUGUUUAGAUUACUUAUGAAAUAUGUGUAAGUGAAGCUUUUCACCCCUGUACAGCCAAAAUAAUGUAUAUAUGGAAAGUAACAGACAAAUUCUCUAAUUUCUGUGGUAUCUAUAACUUAUUAGAAUCCUCUGAAUGAGGGUUAGAGAAGUUUUUUCCAAACUUCUAUAUGUAGAAGUAUCAUGAAUAAUCUACACAUAUCAAGUUCAUGGAAUUAAUUAAAGUAUUUCAAUAUUGCUCCCAGUGCUAAAAUUGAAAUCUGAUUCUUCUUGAGUUGCUGUGUCUGAGCAGCCUGGUGGGAUGCACUCAGGCUUUAGGGGCAAGUGUAGAAAUGCCAUCAGGUAAUGUCUUAAUUCAUUGCAAGACAUGAAUUCAAUCAUGAUGAAAAUUAGAAACUGUUUUAAGCUUUUUGCAAGCAGAUUUUACAAUGUUUCUGUGCGCGGCCUUGCUCUUCCAUCAGAGGAGUUCACUUACUUAACAAUGAGUUAGUUGUAUGCUGCCCUCUCUUCCAGCUCUAGUCCCACGUUUCCAAGUACCUGGCUAUUACUACCUCACUGGGUAAGUCAUUUACCACUCUGUGCCUCAGUUUACUCAGUAGUUUACCAUUAGACUGUGAGCUCCUUGAGGGACUUUGUCUUAAUCAUUGUUAAACCCAGAGCCUUGUACUAUGCCUGGAACAUAAAAAGUGCUCAAUAAAUGUUUGAAUAAAUCACUGAGUGAGUGAGUGAAUUGUAAAAUCAGACAGUAGUGCUUACGUGCAGGAUUCUCGUAUCAUUCAGAUUCAUAUGUUAAUCCUCUCUUGCUUUCAAAGAUUUGAAGCGACUUGAAAUUAAGACCCUGUGUAAAAGGAUUUAUAAUAAAGAGUCAAAAAUCAAAA